AUGACUGACUAUGCCAUUCUUAUGGCAUCAGCUGCACUAUCAGAUAGUAGACCUGCAGUUGCUACUAAAGAAGCUCCACAAUCUGCUAGUGAAAUCCAUCAUCAUUCUGAGCUUCAAACGGUUAUCGGUAGUACAAGCCAAGCCGGAAAAUGGAAAGAUGAUGCAGAUAAUAACGACUUGGGGAACCUGAAAAAGCUUGAUAGCUUUGGGAGGUGGAUGAAUAAAGAAAUGGGGCAGGACUGUGAUGAUUCUCUGAUUCUGUCUGACUCUGGAAAUUACUGGGAUACGCUUGCUGCAGAAAACGAGGAGAGAGAAGUGUCUAGCUUGUCUCGCCAUAUGCAAUUGGAUGUUGAUUCCUUGGGGCCUUCUCUUUCCCAGGUGCAGCUAUUUACCAUUCAGGACUUCACACCAGAAUGGGGUUACACUGGUGUUGAAACAAAGAUUCUAAUUGUUGGUACCUUUUUGGAGAAGCCCAAACCCGAUAAUGAGACCAGAUGGGGCUGUAUGUUUGGUGAAAUUGAAGUCUCUGCUGAAGUUUUGAAUGGUACUGUCAUUAGAUGUCAUGCCCCCGUACAUGCUAAAGGAAAUGUGCCAUUUUAUGUCACUUGUCGUGACAGGUUAGCGUGCAGUGAGGUAAGGGAAUUUCAGUAUCGUGAAAAUCCAAUAAAAAUUUCUUCAAUCUCUGAAAGAAGUGUGCAACAGUUAGAAGUAUGUUUUCAAGUCCGUCUUGCUAAGUUGUUAUCACUCGGCAUAGAGAGGAAGUGGUUGAAUUGCUCUGUCGAGAGAUGCAACGCUUGCAAGCUGAGGAGAAACAUAACUUCUGAUGGAAGUAAUAGCCGAAAAGAGCAGCAUUGGGGCAUUGAGAAAUGGAUGAUAACCGAAGGUGAACCAGUAGAUACUAGAGAUAGAUUGAUUCAAAGUUUGAUGACAGACAAACUCUGGGAGUGGCUGCUGUGUAAGGCUCAUGAAGGAGGUAAAGGUCCAGAUAUUUUAGAUGAUGAAGGCCAAGGGGUUCUCCACUUGGUUUCUGGUCUCGGUUAUUACUGGGCAGUAGGCCUUGUUGUUGAGGCUAGUGGAAAUCCUAAUUUCAGGGAUGCACAAGGAAGGACCGCUCUACAUUGGGCUUCAUACUUUGGCCGGGAAGAAACAGUCGUGGCUCUGGUUAGGCUGGGGGUUGAUCCAACAGCUGUUGAUGAUCCAACUCCAUCUUUUCCGGGAGGACUAAGUGCUGCAGAAGUUGCAUCAGGACAAGGGCACAAAGGAAUUGCAGGAUACUUGGCAGAAGCAUCUUUAUCUAGGCAACUCUGUUCGCUAAGUAAGAAGCGAGACCUGGUGGAUAGUGAGGACGCCACAAUAGCUGCCGAAAAUGCAAGGAUGGCAGCCCAAGUUUCUGUUCCAAUGAACUUGGCAGCAGGUGAGCAGCUCUCCCUGAAACAAUCUCUGGCUGCUGUGAGGAAAUCAGCCCACGCAGCAGCUCUUAUUCAAGCAAUGUACAGGGAGAAGAAGUCGUUGCUUGGAUUUAGAUCAUCACAGAAUAGAAGUUGUGAUAAUAAUGAUGAUGAUGAGCUUCAUGAGGUUUCACGUGAAUUGGCUGUUCUUGGUGUAUUGAAAAAUCAUCAGAAAAGGAAUCACAUUCACUUUGAAGAUUCCUUGCACUCUGCCGCUGUAAAGAUCCAAAAGAAAUACCGCGGGUGGAAAGGGAGGAAAGAUUUUCUAAUGAUUCGCGAUCGGGUUGUCAAAAUUCAGGCUCAUAUGAGAGGGCAUCAGGUACGGAGGAACUACAACAAGGUUGUCUGGUCUGUGAGCAUCGUUGAGAAGGCAAUACUACGUUGGAGGAGGAAAGGAGUUGGGCUGCGAGGAUUUAAUGCCAAAGAGACGGAGGGGGUGCCAGAAAGCGAGACUGAUGAGUACGAAUUCUUGAUCACCAGUCGUCAACAGAAAUCUGCAGGAGUUGAAAAAGCGCUAGCUAGAGUUACGUCCAUGGUUCGUCACCCUGAGGCUCGCGACCAGUACCUGAGGCUAGUUACGAAAUUCGAGACGCUCAAGGUACACACCAGUAGCAACUGUUGUAGACAAUGUAUCAUUCAAAGUGUUAUAGUAGUUGACAGUGAAUGCUCAAUCUGCCGAGAGUUGCUGAUUCAUUUUACGCUUGAAACAGGUGAGAGAUGGCAGCAACAGCUAGCGUAA